AUGAAGGCCGUCUUCACCUCCGCGCUCGCGAGCGCUAUUCUUGCGUACGGUGCUCCUACCAAAGAAGCCCGCGACGUCGACACGAAAUACCCAUACGUCGGUCCCGCAGUGCCAGUCGGUGACUUCGUCAACAACAGCCCCAACGGCAAUGGCAAGGGCUACCCUCGUCUGAUCGAGGCGCCUGCGGUCAAGCCUUCCAGCAGCAACCCGACCAACAACAUCAAUGUCAUCAACACCGGUUAUGUGCCUGGUGGGAUGAAUAUCCACUUUCAGACGCCCUUUGGUAUUGGUCAGGCUCCUACUAUCAAGUAUGGAACAAGUGCCAGCGCCCUUUCGCAGACUGCAACGGGUGCCUCGAGCACCUACGACCGCACCCCUCCAUGCUCAAGCAUCAAGGACCCUACGCAGUGCUCGCAAUUCUUCCACAAUGUCCAGCUCACUGGUCUUAAGGCUGGGACCACAUACUACUACCAAAUCCCUGGUAGCAACGGCACGACGUCGUCUCAAGUGCUAUCCUUCAGCACCGCAAGAGCUGCUGGUGAUAAGACCCCUUUCACUAUUGGUGUUUUGAACGACAUGGGUUACACAAACGCGAAGGGAACAUACAAGUACUUGUCUCAGGCUGCUCAGGGCGGUGACAUUGCUUUCGCCUGGCACGGCGGUGAUAUCUCAUAUGCCGAUGAUUGGUACAGUGGCAUCCUGCCUUGCGAGGCGGACUGGGAUGUCUGCUACAACGGCACAACUACGGAGCUACCCAACACUCCUCCUGCACCAUUCCCAGCUGAAUACGCUGCUCCUCUGCCCGCGGGCGAAUCGCCGUCGCAAGGUGGACCAGAGGGCGGUGAUAUGUCGGUGGUCUACGAAUCCAACUGGGAUCUGUGGCAGAACUGGAUGAACAACGUCACCAACAACGUUCCUUACAUGGUUCUACCAGGUAACCACGAGGCUGCCUGCGCCGAGUUCGACGGCCCACAAAAUCAGCUCAGUGCUUACCUCGACGAGGACAAGCUCAACAGCACUGCACCCAACUCAACGCUCACAUACUACUCCUGCCCAACUUCGCAACGCAACUUCACCACUUAUCAAUUCAGAUUCCGUAUGCCCGGACCGGAGUCAAAGGGUGUAAGCAAUUUCUGGUACUCCUUCGACUACGGUCUUGCUCACUUCAUCUCUCUCGAUGGUGAGACCGAUUUCCCAUACAGCCCGGAGUAUCCAUUCCUUCGCGACUUGACGGGCAACGAGACACACCCAACUGAGGACCAGACUUUCAUCACCGACUCUGGCCCGUUCGGCACCAUUGACAACAACCAAUGGAAGGUCAACAGCGCCUACCAGCAGUACAACUGGCUCAAGGCUGAUCUUGCUGCUGUCGAUCGCACCAAGACUCCUUGGGUCAUUGCCAUGUCUCAUCGUCCCAUGUACAGCUCCGAGGUCUCUAGCUACCAGAAGAACCUCCGCAACGCCUUUGAGGGACUGCUCAUCGAGAAUGGUGUUGACGCUUACUUCGCUGGCCACAUCCAUUGGUACGAGCGCAUCUGGCCUAUCGGCAAUGGCACCAUCGAUACUGCUUCGAUCAUCAACAACAACACCUACCAGACCAACCCAGGUGUUUCGAUGACCCACAUUGUCAACGGUAUGGCCGGCAACAUCGAGUCUCACUCCAGCCUCAACGCCUCCAAGAUCUUGAACAUCACUGCUGUGCUCAACCAGUACAACUAUGGUUUCUCCAAGCUCACUUUCCACAACGAGAGUGUGGCUACUUGGCAAUACGUCAAGGGUGUCGAUGGCUCCAUUGGCGAUGAGCUUACGCUCAUCAAGAAGAAGAACGGUACCUCUUCCAGCACCUCUUCUGCGUCUAAGUCUGCUACUUCGACCAGCUCUGCUUCAUCAUCCAAGACUGGAACAUCUACCGGGUCUGCCAGCACCUCGAAGAGCAUCCCAACCUCUGCCUCCGCCUCCAAGAGCUCGUUUGUAUCUGCCUCUGCCACCUCAUCGAAGACCGGUUCUGUCACUGGUACCGCCUCCGCCUCCAAGAGUGGCUCUGCUUCCAGUUCUGCCACCUCGACCAGCUCCGCCCAGCCUAGUGGACCCGGCGGCUACCCACCAGCUGGUCCUCAGCCCGGCCCCCCUGGCCCUCCCAACCGCCCAUGGGGUCCUGUCGAUGGCCCAGUCGAUGGUCCUCACGGUCCACCACACAAUGGGCCUGGCUCGCAAGGCCCUCCCGCCCGUGGUAACGACUGGUAG